AUGCAUAGCUACUUCCAGGUUGGUGGUUCCUCUGCUGAUAUCCUACGCUCUCUUAAAACCCGGUUCUCCCUUUCCGAGUCUCCUUCUUCCGCACACAAUGCUCAGUCGGGUGCGCUUGCCACUGGCACAUGCGAUGACCCAUCCGUUGGCCAUUCCACCUCGUCUUCCGGCUCUUUUGUCAUGAUGGAGCGCGACGAGGCUGGUGUCGGUUCCCCCAAUGCUGUGCCAGACAAGAAAGCGGAAACCCGAGAACUAUCGCUGGAGACCCUCCCCCCCACGAGCUUACCUACCCCCCCCUGCUCAUCUGCAUGUUCCCUUCUUCGGAGAGAUUCCGAGGACCCGGAACCAGGGCCUACAACCCCGGAUAAGGGUGUUAGCUCUAUCUUUACUACCUUGAAAAACUACCUCUCUUCGUCAUCCAGAAGCAUGUCCUGCUCUGACCCUCAAGCACGCCGUCAUACCUCUCAUCCUGUUUCUAGCGUCUCUGACGACCCCGUUCUUGCCUCCCAUUUUUCCAACCCUUCUCUUCCCUAUGUCUCGGAUGCCCUUUCUUUCGCAGAAUCACCCCUCCUCGACCAUGAAAAGCCACAUGUUUCUACGUGUUCUGAGAACCUGCCGAAGCUAACUGGGAACGUGUCCGACCUUCCGCGUCUAAAGAACACCCCCCCGCUUACUCCCCGAGCGAUGUCCGAUGAAGGCUCUCAAUCCGACAAGAAGAAUUGCACUUCGCACCCCCAAUCCCUAGAGCUCGCCCAACCACAAUCCGACGACAUGACGAGCCCCACGGACGAAAUUGCGGGGAAGCUGAAUGAAGCAUUUCCAUCACCCAUGGACACUUCUUCCCCAUCUGCCGGUCCCCCUGUCGCCUCCCUGAAUGGCAAGCUUUUUGUCACCAUAUCCGAAGCGAGGGGACUCCGUCCCGGUUUUGAUCCCUAUGUUGUCUGCGUUUUCGAGUGGAACGAGUGCAUUUCUAAGAGUGCGCAGGAUGAGGAAGAAGCUUCUUUCAAACGACAGCAAAAGGAAAGGGAAAAGUCAGAUCGUGAGGCCGGACGACCAAUGGCCAUUCCAAUGAAGAGCAGACAGAGCAGCCACAAUAGUGCCCUCGAUGGGCCCGAUCACCGGGGCCAUGCUCCUGUGACAGACCCUCACUGGAAUCAUGAAGCGGUCUUUGAUGUCUUUGGCGAUCAGUCUGAAGUCGACGUUUCGGUAUAUGAUCGCAAUAACCAGGAAGCGUUCAUGGGUCACGUACGACUAUGUGUCAAUUUGAAGGAAGAUAACAGCCGGUUGGAAGGAUGGUUUCCGCUGUCAGCUCGGGGAGCCGGAGAUUCUCAGGUUUCCGGAGAAAUCCACAUGGAGAUGAGAUUUGAAAAGACCGAGAAGAAGCAGGUGGGACCGAAUGAUUUCCAGAUCUUGAAGCUUAUCGGCAAGGGAACGUUCGGCCAAGUCUAUCAAGUACAGAAGAAGGACACGCGACGCAUCUAUGCGAUGAAAGUACUGUCGAAGAAGGUGAUCAUUCAAAAGAAGGAGGUUGCACAUACUCUGGGAGAGCGGAACAUUCUGGUCCGCACAGCUAUGGCGGUUUCCCCAUUUAUUGUCGGACUCAAAUUCUCCUUCCAAACCCCCACCGAUCUCUAUCUUGUCACAGAUUACAUGUCGGGUGGUGAGUUGUUUUGGCAUCUUCAGAAAGAGGGUCGAUUCCAGGAAGCUCGAGCCAAAUUUUACAUUGCGGAGCUGAUUUUGGCUCUUCAACACCUUCACGAUCACGAUAUCGUCUAUCGUGAUCUGAAGCCAGAGAAUAUUUUGCUUGAUGCAAAUGGCCACAUCGCUCUCUGUGAUUUCGGUCUGUCAAAAGCAAACCUUACUCAGAACGACACCACAAAUACCUUUUGCGGAACCACCGAAUACCUUGCCCCUGAGGUCUUGCUUGAUGAACAAGGAUAUACCAAGAUGGUGGAUUUUUGGUCACUAGGUGUCUUGGUCUUUGAAAUGUGCUGCGGCUGGAGCCCUUUCUAUGCGGAGGAUACACAGCAGAUGUACAAGAAUAUUGCCUUUGGCAAGGUUCGUUUCCCCCGCGAUGCUCUUAGCACUGAAGGCAGGAACUUCGUAAAAGGGCUACUCAACCGCAAUCCUAAGCACCGCCUCGGAGCCAAAGGCGACGCGAAAGAAUUGAUGGCUCACCCGUUCUUCGAUGAUAUCGACUGGGAGGCGCUCGGCCGAAAGGAAGUGGUUCCGCCAUUCAAACCAAAACUCAAGUCCGAUACAGAUACGUCCAAUUUUGAUCCUGAGUUUACCAAUGCUCUUGAGACCAGCAGCUCGUUGAAUGACCGAGCUGCAGCCUUGGCAAAUGGGUUCAUGGCUGCCUCCACCCCUCUAUCCCCAGGCAUGCAGGCGAACUUCAAGGGGUUCACCUUUGUCAAUGAGAGCUCUAUCGAUCACCACUUCAAGAACGAACCAGGUGAUCAAAUGGAUGAGGAUACCGAUACCUGGCAUAAAUCUCGCCGGCCUGGAAAUUCUGUGGAUCACCGCAUGAGUGGCGUUCAAAAGACUGGAGAUGGGGGUGAACCUGGAAUUUUCAAUGUGGAUGAUAAUUUUGACAUGUGA